CCCAUGGAAAAUUAUUGGUAAAUAUUAAGAAAGUGAAUGGCAUGCUAAAUGAUGGUGCUAGCAUUGAAAAACUGGAGCAAGCCAGAGAUGCUUUAGACCUUGAAAUGGAAAAUUUUGGUGAAGCACACGGCAAGUAUAAUUGUAUGUUGUCAUCCACAGAAGACAAAGAUCAAUCCUACCAAUGGUUUGACACUAGAAAUAGAGAAUACUAUCGAUGUAGACUUAAGGUAUGUGAGCGGAUUCAUGCUUUAGAGAGAGAGUUAUACAGUAAACCGAACAGUAAUAGAUCAAGUAUGCAGUCUAAGUCAUCAAGUUCCUCUGCCCAUUCGAGAAGGGUAAAAGCAGUAGCAACCGCAGCAAAGCUGGAAGUAGAGAUGAAGUUUCUUGAUCAGGAAACUGAACUUAAAAGGCUUCAGAUACUGAAGCAAAUUGAAAUGGCAAAUGCAGAGGAGAGGGCAAUGUUAAAAAUUCAAGAAGAGGAAGUGGCAAUACCUUCCUAUGAUGAUAUAAAUAAGAACAUAGAUAAAGUAGUUCCUG